UAUUGUUCGCGUUAGAGCCAAAUUUAAAUUCGUGAAAUCUCUAGUCAUCAAGGACGCGUAAGGACGAAGAAAAGACCAAACAACCUCCAAGGUCGAAGCCAGAAAUCAAUAGUGAAUAUGGAGGCAAAGCAAUAUUUUGAGAACAGAUUGAUGUAUCUUGCAGCAAAGAAAAAAAAGGGAGAGAAUCCAUACCCACACAAGUUUUUAGUUUCCAUGUCAAUCUCUGAAUUCAUUGAAAAGUAUACUACUUUAAGCAACGGAGACCAUGUUGAAGACGACCAAGUUUCUCUAGCUGGACGGAUAAUGAGCAGGAGAUCUUCCUCUAGCAAGCUUUUCUUCUAUGAUUUACAUAAUUGUAGUUCUAGGGUCCAAGUUACAGUUGAUGCAAGUAAGUCAGAAUUAGAUGAAGCUGAGUUUACGAGGGUCCAUGCUAAUGUUAAGCAUGGAGAUAUUGUCGGUUUCACUGGAUUUCCAGGAAAAACUAAAAGGGGAGAGCUAAGUAUCUUCCCACGAUCGUUUACUGUGUUGUCUCAUUGCCUCCACAUGUUGCAAAAGCCUAGUCCUGGUCUUGAGCCUAACUGGGUUCCAGGAAAGCCUAGAACUCCAGAAACUUAUAUUCUUAAAGAUCAGGAAAUUCGGUAUCGCCAGCGUUACCUUGACUUGAUGCUGAACGAUGAGGUCUGCCAGAUAUUCAUGACCAAAACUAAGAUAAUCAAAUACAUUAGAAGAUACCUUGAUGAUCUUGAUUUCUUGGAGGUUGAGACACCUAUGAUGAGUAUGAUUGCUGGUGGAGCAGCUGCACGUCGAUUUGCGACCCAUCACAAUGAUAUGAAUAUGAAGAUGUUCAUGCGUAUCACACCAGAACUCUAUCUUAAGCAGCUUGUUGUUGGCGGUUUUGAGCGUGUUUACGAGAUAGGAAAGCAGUUCAGAAAUGAGGGUAUUGACUUGACACACAAUCCAGAGUUCACCACCUGCGAGUUCUAUAUGGCUUUCGCAGACUACAAUGACUUGAUGGAGAUGUCUGAGAAAUUGCUCAGUGGUAUGGUGAAGGAAUUAACAGGGGGCUAUAAAAUCAAAUACCACGCUAAUGGGUAUGAUAAGGAGCCAAUUGAAAUCGACUUCACUCCUCCAUUCAGGAGGAUUGAGAUGAUGGUAGAGUUAGACAAGGUGGCCAACCUUAAUAUACCAAAAGAUUUGGCUAGCUGGGAAGCUAACAAGUAUCUGAUUGAUGCAUGUGAGAGGUUUGAUGUCACAUGCCCACCUCCUAAAACGACAGCUCGUUUGUUAGAGAAACUUGUUGGACACUUUCUGGAAGGGACAUGUGUUAACCCCACUUUCAUAAUGAACCAACCCAAGAUUAUGAGUCCAUUGGCAAAAUGUCACAGAUCCAACGAGUUCCUGACUGAACGAUUUGAGUUGUUCGUCAACCAACACGAACUUUGCAAUGCCUACACUGAGUUGAAUGAUCCUGUGGAACAGCGGCAGCGCUUUGCUGAUCAGCUCAAGGAUCGACGAUAUGGAGAUGAUGAAGCUAUGGAUGAGACGUUUUGCACGGCUCUAGAAUAUGGAUUGCCUCCUACAGGUGGUUGGGGAAUGGGAAUAGACAGGCUUGUUAUGUUGCUUACCGACUCACAGAACAUUAAGGAGGUUCUCCUCUUCCCAACAAUGAAGCCUGGUCUGGACGAGCCAGCUGCGCUGCGACAGGGGAAAGAGACAACCGAAUCGACUGAAGAAGACCUGUGUUGUGGACUUUGCAUUAUCUUUUGUUUACUAUUUAUAUUAUGUUAUGCAUGCUUUAAGGUUUUAACAUGAUUAAAAGAAGAAAAAACUCAAAAAGAAAAGACUUGGGUAGUUGUUAAGGUAAAGCAUGUAGAAGAACAAUAUUUUGAAAACAUCUUAAAUA